AUGAAACUAACCACUAUUAUCCAGGUAAUGAGAUAUCGUGGUGCAGUCGCGGAGUGCAAUAAUUUUAAGGGUUUUAAGAAUAGGUCAGAGAUAUUUUAUUGGAAAAAAUUUUGGAUUACAGUGUUGUUUUUAAGCUCUUCUUUAUGCUUCGAUGCUGGGAUGACUACUUUGGUUUCGAAGGAGGAGCUUGAAAUUCUGCUUAACCUUGAAGGUGAUCGAUCAACUAUCAAUGAAGUAUCUUCAAUAAGAUUACUCUCUUUGAAAAUAUAUACAAUAAAGGUAACGAAUUCAUUAAUACAGAUGUCACAGAAGCUGGAGGUGAAAGCUUCACUAAAGGCUGUCUACAACUUGAUAGAUGACUAUAAUUUUCUAUUGCGGAGUAUGAGGACUUUCGAGGAAUUAUUAGAUGGAUCUUAUGAUGUCAAUGAACAGAUAGAGGAGUUCAGACUCCGUGCUGAUAUAUUAGUCAAGCUUUUUUUAACUCAUUUUAAACUUUCAUUGAUUUUGAAAGAUGAGGCUGACAAAGCCUUAAAGAUAGAGCAUGAUAUGCUGGCUUUUGUGCAUGGCUUGACCAUUCUUAAAUUGGGAUUAGAGCUAUCGACUAGGACUGAUGACUCUGUCUUACGGUGUUCUGUGGCAUCGUCUAUUCUCCAUGCGUUGCUUAAAAGCAUAUUCAUUAUAGUGUCAAUAUAUUUCAGAAUCUAUGAUGGCAUAAUCUCUGGAUUAGACUUGAUGAAUUUCAUUCAGAAGUCAACGUGUUCUUCUUUGAUCUUUUGGCUCGGAGUGAGUUCAGAGGUCAUGAAUGAGAAUCAGAUCAUCACUUUGUUGAAUGAAAAGUUAUGGAGAAUAUACAUAGAGUUGGGUAAAAAAGAAUCUGAUUACUAUUGCAGAAAAACUCACUAUAUGAUGAAAGUAUAUAUUAUUCCGUAUAUUGUUCGGAAAUACGACUUUUCUAUUUUUCAACAAGAAGAAAUGACACUUAACCUACCUAUCUCACCAUUGAGUUUUGAUUUUGUACAAGCUGACUUUCCACUUCUUUGGGACGAUUACUUUGGAGGCUGA